AUGAGGGCAUGCAAUGGUCUUACUUGCAACAGCGUCUUUGGUGACAGUUAUACGGAUGACGGACCAGAAUAUUACACACCGGAGCCAAGCCAGAACCAAUCCACUGUUACGUCUACGGGAGGACGAAUCUGGCCGCAAUAUGUCCAACAGUACACCGGCAUAAACCUUUACGAUUACGCAGUGUCUGGAGCAGUAUGUGACGCUUACUUCUCGCCAUCGAAGCGAAACGGAGUGAAGCAAGAUCAACUGCCGUACUUCUUGAAAGACAAGGACUGUGUCGGUGACGCCGCACUUGCUAUUCCUAGCAACGAGACGAUCUACGCAAUCUGGAUCGGGACGAACGACCUCGGCCCCUCAUCUUUCUUCACAGACAACCGCGCUGACCUUACCCUGUUGGACUACAUCGACUGCGUCUACGAGCAGCUUGAUGCGCUCCACGAGGUCGGCGCGCGCAACUUCGUGCUCCUCAACCUCGCGCCGCUCAACUAUGCUCCCAUGUACGCGCUCCCCGAGAACGGCGGCACGAUCAACACGACAUUCUGGAAAGACGAGGGGGCCUACAACGCCAAUGCGACGCAGGUCAGCGAGAAGAUGCGCCAGUACGUCGCGCUCGUCAACAGCAUAUACAACUACCGGACGUCGGAAGAGGUCCAGAUCUCGGACCGCUACCCGGAAAGCUCAUUCACCGUCUUUGACGUGCACUCAUUGUUGAGCGACAUUUGGAACAACCCUGCCUCAUACCUCAAUGGAACUGCGCCGGUGAACGUGACUUCAACCAUCACUGCGUGCGGUUCUGCCUGCAAUGAGUCUUCGGUCCGAGACAGCUAUCUCUGGUACGAUUCGCUGCACCCGUCGGAGCAGACCGAUAGAAUAAUUGCUCGUGAAUUCGUCGACAUCGUGGCUGGAAAUAGCACUUGGGGUCGGACGUGGAAGUCACCCAGUGUAUAA